GUCUGGGGACCGUUUUACUUCUACAUUUUAAAUCCUUUUUUGUUUUAACUUUUAAGAUAGUUAUUUGUAACGUUUGAGAAAAAAAUGUUGCAUCUUAAACAAUUUUACACAACCCUAACCCUACACCUAACUAAUAUUAUAAUAAUUGUAGUUCCUUUAAUCCUUAAAUUAUUUUACUUUUAAUCUUUAAACAAAUUUCAAAUAUUUUACUUCUAACCUUUGAACAUUUAAACUUUAAACGAUUUAACUUUUAAUCUUUAAACAAUUUUACUUUAACCAUCAUGUUAAGUUCAACCUUUAAAUCAGUAACAAAUGUCAUAAUAUUGUAACUCUGGAACAACAUAAAAUAUGCACCUGAUAGCAAACCAAUUUUAGGAUGGAUAUCUGGUACCACACACACACACACAGCAUGGUCUUGUGGUAUCAGCUUCACCAACUUUUGUAAGAUCAGACCAUUGACAUUUCCGAAUGGAUGCAUUCUGUGUUACAUUUCGACAAAGUUGAAGCAUGUUCAGCAUGGUUGUGAAAACUAAGAUGGUGUGCUACACAGGUUGACUGCAUUCCAAAACUAUUUUGACUAGUUUGGAUUAUUUCCUGUCCUGUUACACACACACCCACAUACUACACACACACACGUACUACACACACGUACUACACACACACACGUACUACACACACAGAAGGCCCAAGAAGGGCACAAACAGUGUGUCAAGCUAAACAUAGCCGGGGGUUGUCACUGGUCCAGUCUGUCACCAGAUCCGUGGUCCUUCACAUGUGAAGCUAGCAGGCUAACAUAGCUCCACCUCACAAGCUCUCAUGACUGCUCCGCUCUGAGAGAGAGAAAGAGAGACAGAGAGAGAGAGAGAGAGAGAGAGAGAGAGAGAGAGAGAGAGAGAGAGAGAGAGAGAGAGAGAGAGGAGACAGACGGCUCCAAGGUUGCAGCCGCUCGCGUGUGAAGGCCGGGUCCCUCCAUUCCCCCUAACCCAACCACCGAGAGAGAGAGAGAGAGAGAGGUGGAGAGGAAGAAUGAGAGAAGAAGAGAAAGAGAUCAAACAAACGGAAUAAAACCUGCAGCCACGACCGGCGGAUAAAAACAGAGCUCGAAACGCAGAGAAACAAACAGAACACGCGGGCAGACAGAGAUAGAAGACCUGCAGCUGUUACUGCACACCAGCGUGGGGGGGGGGGGGCGUCACCCGGGUUGCGAGGCGCGCGUGUGUGUGUGUGAGCGUGUGUGUGACGCCGGUGGCGUCGGGGUAGCGAGCAGAGGGACAGAGGCGAGCUGAGGGGAUGUGGGCCCUGGUGACCGAGCUGCUCUUCAGCCUGGUGCUGCUGGCCUUCCUGGUCAUCAGCUGCCAGAACGUGAUCCACAUCGCCAGCGGCACCGUGCGCACCGUGCUCACGUACGUGCACGCGCAGCUGGACCGCGAGCUGGGCGAGGGCGAGGGCGUGGCCGACGAAGAGGAGAAUGUCACCACGCGCGUGGUCCGUCGCAGGGUCAUCCUGAAGGGGGACGAGGCCGAGGACCUCCCCGGGGAGCAUGUGAGCGAGGAGCAGUUCACGGACGAACACGGCAACAUCGUCACCAAGAAGACCGUGCGUAAGGUGGUGCGUAGAGGCCAGGGCUCUGGGGAGGAGGGCGGUCAGGAAGUGAGCAUCGACAGUUCCGUCCUGGACUCCACCGAACUGGAGGCUGAGUCUGAGCAGUUCAUAAACUACGCCAUCCUGGGCCGCGACAGCAGCAAGCCGGAUAUUGUGGAUGUGAAGAAGGGUGCUCAGAUAGUGAAAUGUGCCAGUCUGCGGAGAGUAAAGCAGUGAGGCAGAAACACCUGGCCGCGGGGCCCACAGGACUCGACCCCCUCACCGAAACCACCCUACUUAGACACAUGACCUACCCGUAGCCGGUAAACACGGAGGAGAGGAGCCCCCGUGACAAAGAGGAGGAGGAGGAGAAGAGAGAAGAACCAACUACGACGACAAACACCGUCUCCAUGACGACAACCGCAACCGACGGCGAGCGAAAGUGGGACGAGAAGAGGAUUUACUUGUAGUUUUCGUACCUUUUUUUUAAAAAGAAACAAUCACACACUCACACAAACACACAAAAGAAAAACAACAACUACUAGGCAAGAAGCAUGAUUUCGUAUAAAACAAAAACCAAACAGAAACAUACAAAAAAAAACGACAACAGAAAAAACUAGCAACCAAAAUGUGCUUCCUGUAUUAUGUAUUAGCAUGAGUGACAGCUGCAGCAUGGCCUGUUUUUAAUUAACUGCAGUACCAAGGGGUAAUGGGGGAGAAGGGGGUGAGGGGAGGUGAGGGGAGGGGGGUGAAGGCCCUUGUCUUAAGAAACAACGUAGGUUUCGUAUGUAUGAAAUUUAGGAAAAUGGAGAUUAUAAAAAAUACUCUGAACUAGACAACGAGAUACUCUCUCUCUCCCUUCCACACUGGCCAGACUCUUCCAGUUUCUCGUUCAGUAGCCUGCAGCAGCCUAAACUUCCUCUGAGGACAUUGGCGUUGUACAUUUUACUAUUAUGCACUAAAACGCUGUGUGACAGUCAGUUUCAGAGAGUUUGUGUUUCAUGUGACAAUACCUCCCCUCCCUGUGUGCCCUGUAUGGUUCAACGUGACCCCUUUACAUCAACCUGUGACCUGAGAUCAGCCUGGGUCUGAAUACAAAACGACAUUCGUGUCCUCCUGCCUGUCACCCGGUCCUUUCUGUGUCUGAAGAAAGCUGUGUGUCGGUCUAGUGCGUGUCUUCGGCUGUCCUGUCACUGCAAGGGCAUUUUAGGUUCAGAGGAACCACACUCUUCUUUGUGUUUUAGGGAGGACGUCUCUGCUGCCCCCCCCCCCCCCCAUCGACCCCCCCAUAGCCUAGCCUCUAACACUCCCCCAUGCAGCCUGUGUGUUUGAGGGGAGGAGGUUCUGGAAGCAGUGUGGUUGAGAUGAUGAAGGAAGCCUAGCCCCAACCCUCUUCCAAUCACCUCAGCCAGUCUCCUAUCCCGACCCCCCUCUCCCCCAAUCACUUCAUUGAGUCUAGCCACCACCCCUCCACCCUCCUCCAAUCACCUCAGCCAGUGUCCUAUCCUGCCCCUCCCCUCCCUCCAUUCUUCCUCUCAAUGAGCAUGUAGCAGUUCAGGCCUCCACCAGCAGGGGGCAGGAUCUCCUCAAGAUAGUAGCUCUGACCUUGAACAGUGACAGCUCCCCACUCCAGGAGAACCCUAGUCUUGUAGACAGUCUGAAGCCCGAGAGAGAAGCUACAGAAGCCUGACGUGUGUUCUCUGGUCUAGAUGUUCCCUCGGUCGAGCAUCUACGUUCUCCUGGACGUGUUGAGCUUUAGUGUUUGUUGGUUGUGUUCUCCUGGUAGCUUUGGAGCGUUGCAAAGAAAGCUAGCCACGAAUCACUGUGAUGAGAAACUGUAAUACUGACCCCACAAACUGUGAUCCCUUACAUCUCCACCUGAACGUCUCCUCCUCCUCUCCUCCUCUCUCCCCCUCGUCCCACCCUUAGCACUCUCUCCGGCACGUCUAUGUUUAAAAAGAAAGCAAUAACAUGAGUAGGGUUUUGUCGAUUUGUUUCAUCUGUGUAGGGGGAUGUUUGAGUCUGUGUGUGUGUGUGUGUGUGUUUGGGGUGGAAAGUGUGGAGAUCGUCAUUUGAUCUCUUCGAAGCUUAAACUUCCAUUCUGCUAUUAGCUGCAACUUACCUCCUCUUGAAAUCAGAAAUUAUGUCAGACCAGGAAGUGGAUCUUCUUUAGGAAAGAGACCUAAGACCGGAAACACUGGUCAAUGUAGUUUAGGUCCAAAUCUGAAUGUUUGAGUGCCAGUCUUAGCAUAAGUUUGCUUGUGGAGGUCGUUGAGGGGUUUGGAAACAAGUUACUUCAUAGAAACCAUCCCCUUCUACAUAGGAGCCCCACAUCCCAUCUCGCUACUUAUCCAGGGAAUGUUGUCACAGAAAUGCUGGCGUGGCAGGAAUGUGUCCACGCAUAAUUAUUUUAAAGCCUUAACAAUAUUCAUAUUCACGUUCAAUAAGGAAUUAAAACGUGUGUAUGUGCAUGUGUGUGUGUGUGUGUGCUGGUAGAUUCAGAGUUGAUAUAGAAUACAGAGGGGAGGAGAGAUAAUACUGUUAGUGGUGAUUGUAUGACAAUGUUAUGGAACUAGCGAUGACCUGACAGCAAAACAUUGAGACAUAUUUCAUGCAACACAUUGUUUACCAUGGCGUCACCUCACUGUGCCAUCCGACAUAUCAGAAUUAUUUUCACACCAUCCGGAUCAAUCUUGCUUCCUAGCAGUAUGGACACCUCCCACAGCUGGCACUGGAGCAAAAAUGGACUCAGGAUCUGAAUAUAUUUAUAUAUACAUUUGUGCGUUCAUCAGUUCAUCCGUAAGGGGUACAGCGAGAGAGACAGACAGGAGGCCUCAGCUAAGGACAUUGUUUUGAAACGUCUUGACAGAGUGUGAAGAAACGCAGACGGCCGGUAGGAGCAGACUAGUUUGCCUCCUGGUGUCAACAUCACGGUUUUCUCUGUAGAGCUUUAGACCAGCCAAGCAACACCUCGAACACUUGACACACACACAAAUGUAUCAGAUCAGGGGUUCUGGGUUGAGGGCCUUUAUGAAGGAUAUCCAUUACAGGUGUGAGGAGAGGGGUGGGGGGGGAGGUGAGGGUGUGGUCCACAGGAAGAGCAGACAGGAUAUGGCGAUACAGAAGGGUACAGAGGGUUAGACAAUUCUUGGAGACAAACAAGCUCUGGUGGCUAGGCUUUCUAGAUGACGAGUGUUUUUCCUCACCACAACAGACCCCCAAAUCCAUCCUUGCUCCCAACCGCCAGAUUUGAGCCAGUUCUAAGGCUUUCUUACAGUGACAGUUUGAGUGGAGGAGUCCAUUUGAGUGCAAGGAGAGGGAGGAAGGGUAUGGACUGCGUCAAAUGUAACAGUGGGGAAAAAAAACUAAAACAUGCAUUGAGGGACUACUGAGUUGUCGACAAACGGUAAACCGAGUUCAUGCAAAAAUAUAAACUGUUGCAAAAACCAGUGAACACACGUAUACUCCUUUAGAAUGGAUAAAGACCUUAUUAACGCAAUAGAAUAUUACUCAAUACUAAGGAAUGCAACUGCGCACAUGCACAGAAAAUGUUUUUAAUAUAAAUUACUAUAUAUAUGAAAUAUAUGAAAAUAUCUAUAUUUACUUAGAAUGCUAUGCACCCUUACUUGUCAACCGGGAUUAUAGUUAUUGUUAUGGAUGUACUUUUAGCAUCAUAGAAGAGACUGUUUGAGUUAUGGGUAAUGCCUGCAUCCUGGGAAUAAAAAGGUCUUUGUCGGUAUUUUA